AUGACACGUCUUAUUCCUCAGGAGGUACAAGGACCUGUCAAGGGUCUUUUCAACCAAGGUUGUUCCCUCAGUGCCAUUCAAAAAAUUUUCCCAGAUUUGUCCGUCAGUGUACUUUCUCGCUACAGGAAGAAGUUUCUUGGUCAUUCAAAACAGGCCAAACCCGGUAGACGCAGCAAAAUCACUACGCAGAAUAUGAACUACAUUGAGAGGAAUCUCCGCAAUAGUAAUUUAGACGGCCCCAGGGGUGUGCAGUGCUACCUUGCUCAUAAUAUGGGACUUCAGAUGACUUUGAGGAAUAUACAGUAUAUACUCAAGCGCAAAGGGUUCAAGGCUAAAAGAAAGGUAAAGACCAAUUUCGUGUCUGCGGAGAACCGGAAAAAGCGUCUUGUGUGCGCCAAGAGACAUCGACAUUUGACUGCGGACGAUUGGUGUAAGUGGGGAUUUUCCGAUGAAACCAGGGUCAACAUGUGGGGAUCAGACGGCAAAUCUUUCUACUGGACUGACAGGCCCACUGAGUUGAUGCCUCAUCAAACUGAGGCUCAAGUUCAGGGAGAUGGUGGUGGCGUUGUUUUCUGGGGCAUGAUAACAGCGGAGGGACCCAGCUAUGGCUCCACCAUUACCGAAGGAACUGUUAACUCAGAAGUUUAUGCUGAAAUUCUGGACUCAUCUUUGCUAGACACUAUCGAGUACUAUGGGCUGGACAAGAAAACGUUUAGAUUCCAGCAAGAUAACGCAAGACCACAUACUUCUGGUCCCAUUAAAAAAUGGUUCACGCAUCACGGAUUCUCUGUGCAAAGUGUCCUUGAUUGGCCCCCCCAAAGCCCUGACCUAAACCCCAUUGAACAUGUCUGGCAUCAACUAAAACGUCGUUUGAACAAGUACCCUACUAGGGCCACCAGCCUUUCUGAGCUAGAAGACAGAAUUGAACAGGAAUGGUAUAAAUUCACAAAAGAAGACUGUCUUAAAUACAUAGGCAGCAUGCCACGCCGAAUCAAAGCGGUUAUCAAGAGUAAAGGUGGUCCAACUAAAUAUUGA